UGUGUGACCACAGUGAGAUUUUGACGACACUCUUGAAUGUUUGGUGUGCAAAGCUGCAGGCUGUCAUGAUGUUGAAAGUGCUCCUGCUCCCUCUGUGUUUCUUCUUUGCGUCACUAACAGGUGUGUGUCCUCAGAGACCCAAAGACGUAAAUGUCAAGGCAGGGGAGAUGGUGGCACUGUACUGCCGCCCUGACAGGAGGAAUAAUCAUGGCGAUGCUGGAGUGAUCUGGAGAAGUUACACCACCCAGGAGAUGAAUUUGACCGCAAUGUCAUCAGCUGAGCAGAAGCAGAUGGGCCUGCUGGUUCAUGGGAGGAGUCUCGUCAUUCUCAGUGCUUCUGUAAAGCAUCAGGGGAACUACUCGUGCUCUCAGGGGGACGCUGGCAGCCAGGCCUGGUUCAGGCUGACAGUUUACACAACACAGAGAGAGGGUGAGGAGAUGAGCCAGUACCCUCAAACCUGUAACGCACAAGAGGCCUGCACAUUGGAUUGCCCUGAUGUUAAUGUCCCUGCUGAAGGUAUUCUAAAUAUUACCAGCAACGACAUAAUAUGGCGCAAGGUGGGCGAGUCAUUGCCAAUAGAUGGUUACUUCUCACGUGUGAAAGAGAAAGACCAGGGUGCCUACACCUGCAGCAGAUCUUACCUGUAUAAUGGUCAAAUAUAUAACAGGACCUUUACUGUGGUGCUUGACGUCAAACCAAAGGAAAUAGCGAAAUAUCCGAGCAUCACGAAACCAAACAAGGGUGAUAACUUUACUGUAGAUUUGGGCUCAACAAAGGUGAUUGAUUGUGAAGGUGUCAUGUAUUCAGACUUUGAUGGCAUGUUCUGGUACAGCGGGGAGCGGUACGGGGAGUCAGUUGUAGAGAAAAACAACAGCUUUCCAGUUUUCUACAAUACAACACGGGAAAAGAAAGCUGGAGAAAUAAAGAUGACAGCAUCUCUCGUCUUCAAAAAAGUGUCAGAGGAGGAUUUAUCAAAAAAUUACACCUGUAAACUUGUAGCUGUAUCUGGACACUCAAGCUCUGUCACCAUCACUUUGGCCCAAAAACCUCGCCCUUCUUAUGUGUCCCUGGUUGUUGCCUUUGCCAGCACCACGCUGGUGGUGGUUUUUACAGUACUUAUCUACGUGAGGUUCAAAAUCGACAUCACUCUGUUCCUAAGAGACACUCUUGGCUGCCAUAGCAGCACCUCAGAUGGAAAGAGCUAUGACGCCUUUUUGAUGUGUUACAAGAGUGACACAGAUGCAGGACUAAAUGCUCAUGACAGAAGAUGGCUGGAAAGUGUUUUGGAGGAAGAGUUUGGUUACCGUCUCUGCCUUUAUGAUCGUGACAUCUUGCCAGGGAAAGCUGUAGCCGAGGCAGUGCUGGACAGUAUAGAGCAGAGUCGCACCAUGAUUUUGAUUCCCACCUCUCCAGAUCUCGGUCCAGGCUCUGGCCUGCUGAGUGCAAUCCAUGCAGCCCUUGUGGAGCGGCAGACUCGCUUGGUUUUCAUCAAAACUGAGGCAACAGAAGUGCAGAAAUCUGGUUCGUUACCAGAGGCCUUACAGCUUCUUAGCAAAGCUGGAGACUGUGUCACAUGGAAAGGCGAAAGCUCCAUGCGGUCCUCCUCCUCUUUCUGGAAGCAGCUACGUUAUUACCUACCCACCCCACAGCAGCAUGCACCACAAAUAAGGCUUUCAACUCAAACGAUCUAGGAUGUUAACUAGGUUAAAGUGUUGAGCCAUGUCAGAAUUCAUAGCUUAUAUCUAUUUUCAGUAUAUGACUGAAGACGAUAGAUUAGUCCCAAUUUUAUUUGUGUGAGAAGAUCGACAAUCAGAGUUUAAAUGUGUAAACUGUAAACAACUUACACAAAUAUAAAGUGCAGAAUUAAAGAAUUAAAAUAUACACAUAAAAACUGAAUUCACUGGAUUUACUCACUUUAUUUUAAUACAUUUCCUGCUAUGCCGCUGUGUGUAUGCAAGUAUUCUAUGGGAAACAUUAACAUACAAUUAUUUAAAUAUAUUUGUACUGUCACUGUCAUGCUGCUCUUCAUCCUUGUUCAUUUCCUCUAUCACUGCAUGUACUGUACCAUAAAAUGUGUUUCUGUGAUGCCCUAAAGCAUGUCUGAACUGUAUUUCAAAAAUAUAUUGUAUUUUACAGCUAUAUUCAUUAAUAUUUCUUUAA